AUGGAGCCGCUUCUUCUGCUCACCGUUCUCCUCCUUGCGCACGCGGUGGCUUGCAUGGUGUGCACGGCCGUCGCCCGUCGGCGGCGCUCGCGGUGCUACCUGGUGGACUACGCGUGCCAUAAGCCGUCUGACGACCGCAAGGUGAGCACGGAGAUGGCCGGCAGGGUGAUCGAGCGUAACAAUCUCCUCGGCCUCCCCGACUACCGUUUCCUCCUCCGCGUCAUCGUCCGCUCCGGCAUCGGCGAGGAGAGCUACUGCCCGCGCAACAUCCUCGAGUGCCGCGAGCACGCGCCCACCCACCGGGACGCGCUGGACGAGAUGGACGCCUUCUUCGACGAUGCCAUCGCCGAGCUCUUCCGCAGGAGCGGCUUUGGCCCCCGCGACGUCGACGUGCUCGUCGUCAACGUCUGCAUGUUCUCCCCGGCGCCGUCGCUCGCCUGCAGGAUCGUGCACCGCUUCGGCAUGCGCGAGGACGUCGCGGCCUACAACCUCUCCGGCAUGGGGUGCAGCGCCGGCCUGAUCUCGCUGGAUCUCGCGCGCAACGUGCUGCGGACGCGGCCGACGUCGCUGGCUCUCGUGGUGUCGUCCGAGUCCAUCGCGCCCAACUGGUACACCGGCGCCGACAGGUCCAUGAUGCUGGGCAACUGCCUCUUCCGCUGCGGCGGCUCCGCCGUGCUGCUCACCAACGACCCGUCUCUCCGCGGGCGUGCAAAGAUGGUGCUCCGCCAUCUCGUGCGCACAAACACCGCCGCCGACGACGAGGCGCACACUUGCGCCCUGCAGCGCGAGGACGGCAACGGGCGCGUAGGGAUCAGCCUCAGCAAGGCUUUGCCCAAGGCCGCCGUCCGGGCCUUGACCCUGAACCUGCGGCGCCUCGCCCCGCGCGUGCUCCCCGUGUCCGAGAUCAUGCGGUUCGCUGCCCGCCACGCGUCCAAGAAGCUUCUAUCUCGCAUGCACGUGAACACAGACGGACGUCCCGGCCCCAUGAUCAACCUUAAGACCGGCGUGGAGCACUUCUGCGUUCACCCCGGCGGCGCCAAGGUCAUCGAGGCAGUGAAGCACAGCCUUGGGCUCCACGCCGACGACGUGGAGCCUUCACAGAUGACGCUGCACCGGUGGGGGAAUACGUCGGCGAGCAGCCUGUGGUACGUUCUGUCGUAUAUGGAGGCCAAGGGGAGGCUAAAGAGAGGGGACAGAGCGCUCAUGCUCACCUUCGGGUCGGGAUUCAAGUGCAACAGUUGCCUGUGGGAGGUGACCGGCUACAUGGCCGAUAAGGGCGCGUGGGCAGACUGCAUCGAUGAAUACCCGUCGGAGAUCAUCACCAACCCCUACCUGGACAAGUACAGCUGGGUUAACGAAGUCCAAGGCGACAUCGUCGUGUUUUAGCUCUCUGCAUGCUACUGUUUAUUGUCUUGUGUUACGUUAGUACAUGCAGGUUCAAGUAUCGUAAGGUGUGUGUGCGCGCACGCCAGGCACAGCAAAAGAGCGUUGUUACAGCACGUCGCGUAUUUGUA